AUGGACGACCGCAUCGACCAGUUCUGGGAAGCAGCCAAGGCGAUUGCGCUGCCAGCAGGCCCGAAGAACAAGUGGAAGCAAGAAGUGUCAAAGCUCCGCCGCGUUCUUCAUCGCAACCAAAACCUUCGUCUGUCAGAGCUGCCUCAACAACGACUCGUGGACACCAUCCGCAUCUACACAAGCCACUUCGCCGCCGAGGACGAAACGCUCCUGCUUGUAAAGGAUGCACUAGCGAUGCCAUUCGGCGUGUUUGGCGCGAAACACAAAAAGACACUGCUCAAGAUGCACGAGCAGCUCCUGGGGCUUAGCGAACACCAAGCCGACGACGGGCCUAUGCCUGUGGCUAUAUGGUAUAGUUGUGUCAGCAUGGACGGUGACGGAUACCUCAGUCUCCUGAACGACGAAACAGGCGACAUGUUAGAAACGAUUCAAGUAGUGAAGAAGACGCCCGAGUGGAGGACCAUCAAGAAACACGUUGACGAAGGCAUGAUUCGGGUAAAAGUGGUGGAAGGCAAUGUUGUGGACGUCGAGGUCGAUGGCAACGACGAGUUAUAA